AUGAAGUCUUCUCCUUCCGGUCAAGAUGUAAGCUCCCCAACUGCUGCCGGUGUUCAUUUCAUUUCUCCAUCAGAGCGACGUCGAGAAGAUAAUUCUUCUAGUAAUGUUGGGUUUUUUAUAAAACGUCGCUGGCGCUGUAUUUUUGGGGUUCUUUCUGCUUUACUGAUGGCUACUGCUGUAAUCGUUGGUAGUUUCAUUCUCUUUAUGAUUUUGAUGAGUGAGGCAAAAAGAAGAGCAAAAACAGAAGAAACGCAAUAUUUAAAAGGAUUAGUAGAUACAAUUAACAAUUCAUCAGAUGUUAGAUGGAAAGCUCGUUUUAACCCGUUUGGCAUUCGUGUUCAGGAUUUUAGCCACAAAAGUUUAAAAAAUUUGACGGCAAUAAAAGAAUAUGUUGCACAUUUGGAAAGGUUUUUUGAUUCUCCAAGAAUGAAGGAACAUUUAAAAGAAUUGGAAGAUUUUCCUGAUUCAAAGCUUCCUCGACAUUUUGAUGCUCGAGAAAAAUGGUCAUUAUGUCCAAGUAUUCACCAAAUUCCAAAUCAAGGUGGUUGUGGCUCUUGUUAUGCUGUUGCUGCAAUGACUGUAGCUGCUGACAGAACAUGCAUUCUCAGCAACGGAACGAAAAAAUCACAAUUAUCAGCACUUGAUGUAAUCGAAUGUUGUUCUGUUUGUGGAAAUUGUUUUGGAGGAGAUCCUUUAAAAGCAAUGGUCUAUUGGGCUUUAGAAGGUGUUGUGACUGGAGGUCCAGAUGGCUGUCAUCCAUACACAGUCAACGCUGAAUGUGGCACUCCAUGCAGUCCUCAAGUAUAUGGAAUUGAACAACAAAAACGUUUUUGCCGAAGAGAUAAAUGCCAGCCUGGUUAUUAUCGAAAUAUAAAUUAUGAGGAGGACAAACAAAAAGGUUAG